UAUAAAGGGCAGCUCCUCUCCUCUCCCGUCCCGGUGACUCGCCACAAGCCGCUAUUCCUCGCCAUCUCCGGACAACAGGGAGCAAGGAGGAUGGCGGCUGCGGCCAGACUCGCCCUCCUGCUGCUGGGCUGCGUGGGGCUCCUGCGGCCGCUCGAAGGCAGGUACAUCGGCUACUGCCCCGCCGGCUGGUCCUACUACAAGCUCAGCUGCUUCAAAUACUUCUCCGAGCCCCGGAGCUGGGACGAGGCUGAGAGUCGGUGCCAGGACGUCAAGAAAGGCGCCCACCUGGCCUGGGUGGAGGACGACCUCGAGGCAGCCACCCUGCGCAGAACCAUCUUCUACUACCAGCAUGUGCAGCCCGUCUGGAUUGGACUGCAAAAGAGCAAAGAGAGCCAGGCGUGGCAGUGGACGAGUGGGAAGGACUACAGCGGCACCAGUGAGGUGCCUGGGAGCGGUGCCCGCGGGGCGAGCUGCGCCGCGCUGACCCAUGACAGCAACUUCUCCGUGUGGUCCAGCGCCGACUGCUCCCGGCAGCAUCCCUACAUCUGCAAGUUCUACCCCUUGCACUGA